AUAUGUCACUUCAAUUAGAUGUUGUCAAUUACGUCAUGUAUUUACAUUUAUCUUCAACAAAGCAACUUUACAUAUGCGGUGGAAAUUUCACAAGAUAUCAAAUAGUUGCGUAAGAGCCCUUGUCAACUGUAGUUUUCCAAUUUCUUCCUGAAAUACAGUAGUUCUGUACCUGAUUCAUCUCUUCUUCAACUCUACGGGUCUUGAAAAUGGUUUUAAAACUUUUCAAAACGGCCAUGCUUUCAAUUAGCAACCAAUUGACAUGGUGGUGUGAAGGUAUCAGCAAGAAAGACGAGUUUUCUCUUGCAGGUCUCACUCUCUCGCUACUGAUAUUGGCAAUUUUCUGGUUCGUAUGGGAAUUUGUGAAGCCAAGCAAAGGAAUGAAAUCAUUGCCACCAGGUCCCCAUGGCUUGCCUAUUGUUGGGUACCUCCCAUUUCUAGGCACCAAUUUACACCAUACUUUCACUGAAUUGGCUCAUCGCUACGGCCCAAUCUACAAGCUCUGGGUCGGAAACAAACUGUAUGUCGUGGUGAGUUCUCCAGCGGUGGCAAAGGAGGUGGUUCGUGACCACGACACCAUCUUUGGCAACCGUGACCCUCCCAUCGCCGCCUUGGCUGUAACCUAUGGCGGACUCGACAUUGCAUGGUCCUCCUAUGGCUCCUACUGGCGCAAUAUGCGGAAAGUAUUUGUUAGAGAGAUGCUAAGUAAUAGAAGCAUUGAGGCCGGUUACAAUCUUCGAAGAGAUGAAGUGCAGAAGACUGUUAGAGAGAUAUAUACCAAGAUUGGCACACCUAUAGACAUUGGUGACAUAGGUUUUCUAACUCAGGUCAAUGUUACGAUGAGUAUGCUGUGGGGAAGCACACUCGAUUGGGAGAAGACGAGUAAUAUCAAAGCUGAGUUUCGUGAAGUCGUAAUGAAAAUCACUGAAACAUUUGAAAAGCCAAACAUGUCUGAUUUUUUCCCGAUGCUUGCAAGGUUUGAUGUGCAAGGAGUGGAGCGAAAUAUGAAGAGGCUCUUUCAGUGGGUCGAAAGAAUUCUUGAUGCUGUUAUCAAUGAACGAAUGAAAUCGAAUACCAUGAAUAAGGAAGGAGCACUGGAGAAUGAAGAAAAGAAGGAUUUCCUGCAGAUACUCUUGCAGCUACAGGAGGAGGAAGAUACUGGAAAACGAAUUAACAUGACACAGAUAAAGGCCUUGUUGAUGGACAUUGUGGUGGGUGGGACAGACACAACAUCAACCAUGGUAGAGUUUGUUAUGGCAGAGAUUAUAAACAAUCCAGAGGUGAUGAAGAGGGUCCAAGAAGAACUCGCAGAUGUUGUGGGUAAGAACAACAUGGUGGAAGAGUCCCAUCUGCAAAAAUUACUCUACAUGGAUGCAGUUGUGAAGGAGACAUUCAGAUUGCACCCUCCACUCCCUUUUCUAGUCCCCCGGUGCCCAAGUCAGUCUUGCAUUGUAGGUGGAUACACCAUUCCAAAAGAUUCCAACGUCUUCCUGAAUGUUUGGGCAAUGCACAGGGACCCUCAAUUCUGGGAAGAUCCAUUGGAGUUCAAGCCCGAAAGGUUCUUGAAUUGCAAUGGGGAAUGGGAUUAUUCUGGAAAUAAUUUUCAGUAUCUCCCAUUUGGAUCUGGAAGAAGGAUAUGCGCAGGCAUUCCCCUGGCGGAGAGGACACUGAAGUAUGUGUUGGCUUCAUUCCUGCAUUUGUUCCAGUGGAAGUUGCCUGAAGGUGAAGAACUUGAUCUUUCAGAGAGAUUUGGGAUUGUGAUCAAGAAGAAGACGCCCCUGAUCGCAAUCCCUACUCCAAUAUUAUCCAACAUGGACCUCUACAAAUAGUACCAAGUAUGUUGGUGAGUUGGUCUGCAGAAUACACCAAUGCACCUUCUGUAUAAGCUCAUCUCUCUGCACAAAGGAACUGUGGUCCAGACGCUGCCCUAUUUCCAUAGUGAAUAGACUGAUUGUAAUAAUGUGUAAUAUUGAUACAUCUAUAUUCGUUUAAACUGUAAUAAAAAGUUGAGACACGAUCUAUAUUAUAUAAGCUAUAAAGAUCUCAAUUUUAGGACGUAUCAGUCAGCAAAACAUGUCCUCCAUUUGCUGUGUUAGCUGUCAUACCGUUGCUACCAAGCUAUAAGCUCGAAAUGGAAGAUGACAAGAAAAAAUCAAGAACAACGCAUACCGAAUCAAGGAAAGUCGGGUCUAGGAAAAGUGACUAUAGCACUGGAAGACAAUGCUCAAUGUGUUCCAUAAUUCAGAUGCAAUGCGGCUUCUUAAUUUUGGUAUCAGCUUUCGCUCCAAGACAGAGGCUGCUAAUAAAAUUUCAACAACCAUUCCUUCGUUUAAGUACAUAUUCCUGCUG